AUGACGGAGAUGUACUCGGGGCUCCACGUGGGCCAGCGGUUUUCCUCCCUGGAGGAGUUCAAGACGGUCAUACGAAGUAUCUCGGUCAGACAGCAUUGGGAGCUUCGAGUGAUCCGAAGCAACAAGAAGAGUGUGGUUAUUGGCUGCCGUUCUGGGGCCAAUUGCUUCUUCCGCGUGGUCUGUCGCUCGAACAAGAACGCGACCUACAUCACCAGCCUUCAAGACAACCAUAGUUGCCGACGGGGUGCAGAGACUACGGGCGUGACUCCUGCGCGCUCCGAAGCCUCGCAUGUGCGAUUCUUGCUAAGUGAAAUACCCAAGUUGUUCGACAUGAGUACCAGGGUCAAAGGCCAGGAUGUCGUCGACGCAGUGAAGCGUUAUCAUGGAUAUGACAUUUCCAUGAGACAGGCGCAGCGCGCAUUGACGAAAUUACAGCCACGGCAAGCAGACAGCCAAGGCGAGCCAUCGCUGGAUCUGGAUAUGAGUGCUGUUGAUCAGCACUCACCGGCCCAGUCCCAGCCUGAAUCGCAAGCAAGCGCAGGGCUAGCUUACCGAGAUAUCUCGGAGAACCGCUGGAUGCCGGAUUCUUUGCAACAACCAAUGAUUGAUGAUACUUCUGUGGAUCCAACUGAGUCCCAAACCAACCCUUCAACUGCACCACCACCAGCACCUCAAUCUAUCCGACAAUCUCAGAUACAACAAGCACCUCCUAUUGAAGCACCGAGCCAGUCGACUCUCAGCAAUAACUCACGCCCUAUGACGGUAUCACAGCCAGGUGUUGGAUACCCAACGGCUUCUGCUCUACCAGUAGGAACCUCAGUGCACCCCAAACCCUCCGACUAUACGCAACGCAACGACCACGCCGUCCAGCAUAUGGUGCUCACGAAUUUCAAGAUUGAAUUCACCUGCACGACCUGCGGCUCUCUGAACCAAAGCUUUUUCCCCAAUCAGGGAAACGUCACAGGAGCUGGCUAUAUGCCUCACCCAUCUGUGCCAAACCAGAACACUGUCGGGAGACACCAGGGGCCUGCUUCCUCGAAUGAGCCGGAGGAUGGUGGCCACGAUGUUGCUGAAGAUGGCGGCUACGUUGUUAAUGCACUCAGCGCCCGCGACAUACAUAAUGCAUGGGCUGCUGGCGGUCUAGGGGUUCCUAUAGGUCCGACAAACACCUAG